UAUUAUGACUCUGUGAGACGGAUGAAGACAGAGCGAGAGAGAUGUAUGACCAUAUGAAAGAACUACACAGCUCAGCAACAGAUUUGUGAGAAGUGAAGUUUCCAGGAAGAGUGAGCCGCGAAACAGCCUCCAAAAGUGGGAACGGAACUGGCCCUUGUUGUGUGUGACAGAUAGGCUAUGUUCCGACUGGAGUAACUGGAGAACGGCGUCGGGAUGAAGGCGGCGUACGGGACCCGGAGACGGCGCCCGUUCCAGCGGUUCUGCUGCUGCGGACUCGCGCUCCUCGCUGUCGUCUGGUUCGCACAGGUCAUGUACCUGACAGAAACAAAGUCCUCUCUAAUGGAGCUCCACAGCCAAGAGUGGUCCAGUCGGAAGAUACUACAGGACAACGACACCACAACCACACCGCCACACCAUGCUGGAGCCAUCAGCGAGUUCCCCAGGGACAUCUUCAGCAAGGAGGAGCGACGACAGGGGGCGGUCCUGCUGCACGUGCUCUGUGCCAUAUACAUGUUCUACGCUCUCGCUAUUGUCUGCGACGACUUUUUCGUGCCAUCCCUGGAGAAGAUCUCAGAGAACCUCCAACUCAGUGAGGAUGUUGCAGGUGCCACCUUCAUGGCUGCAGGAAGCUCUGCCCCAGAGCUCUUCACGUCUCUCAUUGGUGUGUUCAUCACCAAGGGGGAUGUGGGGGUCGGCACUAUUGUGGGCUCGGCUGUCUUCAACAUCCUGGUCAUUAUAGGAGUGUGUGGUAUCUUCGCCAGACAGACGGUCCAUCUGACGUGGUGGUCUCUCUUCAGGGACUCUCUCUACUACCUCAUAACCGUACUCGUGCUCAUCCUGGUUAUCUGCGAUGAGCAAGUGGUCUGGUGGGAAUCGAUGCUCCUCAUCUCCAUGUAUGGGGUCUACAUUCUUAUUAUGAAGUUUAACACCCAGAUUGGUGGAUUUGUAGUGCGACAGUGCCGGGGUCCAGGAGAAUGCUGCUCACGCCAUCGCCAUGACAACUCAGGAGAAGAUGGCAUGCCCUGCAACACUUCCAUGGUGCUCCUCAGAAAAGGUCAGAGCUCGGGGCAGGACUCCCCGGUGGUGAUGGUGGACGAGCUGCUCUCUCUGCACCCUCACCAGCUCUCCUUCUCGGAGGCCGGUCUGCGCAUCAUGAUGACGCCCCACUUCUCCCCCCGCACGCGCCUCAGCAUGGCCGGCCGCAUCGUCAUCAGCGAGAGGCAACGUCUGAUCAGAGAGACCAGGGCAGGGGGAACCCCUGUGAAAGGUUCCGGGGCCAUGGAGAACGGGGGCAGCGUGGACCGGCAGGCCCAGGAGGAUGGAGUGGACGGGGAGAGGGGAGGGAAAGGAGACGCAGCCCAGCAGGAGGAGGACGAUGAUGGGGGAGACGAACCGUUUAGACCCCUCCAUCUGCCAGAUGGCUGUGGCGCGCGGGUGAAGUGGGUUGUGUCUUGGCCGCUGGGCAUGCUGCUGUACUACACCGUGCCCAACUGCAUCAAGCCCCGCUGGCACCGCUGGUUCAUGGUCACCUUCAUGAGCUCCACCCUGUGGAUCGCCAUCUUCUCCUAUGUCAUGGUCUGGAUGGUGACCAUCAUCAGUGACACCCUGAACAUCCCCGACUACAUCAUGGGCAUCACCUUCCUGGCUGCUGGCACCAGCGUGCCCGACUGCAUGGCCAGCCUCAUAGUGGCGCGACAGGGCAUGGGGGACAUGGCGGUGUCCAACUCCAUUGGCAGCAACAUCUUUGACAUCUUGCUCGGACUGGGCUUCCCUUGGGCACUGCGCACCCUGGUGGUAGACCAUGGCUCUGUGGUGUCCAUUAACAACAAAGGACUGCUCUACUCAGUCAUCCUACUGCUCGGCUCUGUCUUCCUCACGGUAUUGAGCAUUCAUCUGAACCACUGGAAGCUGGACCGCCGCAUAGGCCUGUGGCUCAUUUCCCUCUACGCGGUCUUCCUCCUCAUCAACAUCCUGCUCUAGACGCGCCAGGGUGCACUGACAUCGACGUCCCAGGACUGACAUCGACUCCUGUACUAUUGUACUGUAGGUCUGACCCUCCUAUACCCUCUCCUCAUUCCCUGUUAUAUCCCCCUGUAGUCUGACACCAGGACGCCAACAUGGACUGCAGCUGGCUACACCUAGAUUCAGUACUCUCAGGCCGGACCCUCCUAUUGUCCAUCCUUUUCAACAUCCUCCUAUAUCCACACAAGGACAUACCUACCCUCCAGGAUGCCCAGCUACUGUAUAGUAGUCCCAGGCCUGACCCUGAUCCUAGAUCCUCUCCUCAUCCCCUCCCCAACCCAACACACCAACCCAGGGUGCAUUUCCUCACCCCUCCCUGACCCAUGGUACUCCCAACCAAACAGUUAACGGAACCAACUAGCUUUUCUCCUAUUCAGCAUCCUCUAGCCACACCAAGACACACCGACAUCUACGCCAAGAAAAGCAGCUGCUCCCAGGCCUGACCGUCCUCAAACCAACCAAACAAACUAGCCGACUGACCAAGGAGACUGACAUAAAAACCAAAAAAGUGUAAAGAAAAGAAAUCAAAUGAACAAAAUGUAUAUUUAUUUAAAUGUGAAACUUCAAAUGGUCCUCUGUAAGAUAGUGAAGCAGGAUGAUAUUUUAUGAGCGUAUUUACACACACACACGCACGCACACACACACAGUGUUCGCCACAGAUGAGCUUGUUGUGCAGCCAGUAGAUUGACAGUGGCACUCUAGUAGGCGGCUAUACAGUAGAGCUGCUGACUUGAAUGCGUCCCUGUUGAACAUUUAUCACUCCACUGUUAAAUGAUGUGUAUCACUUUGCAGUAAUUGCGACACUGAUUAGUCAAUAGGAAGGCGGAAGCUAAUGUGUCCAUCAAAUGUAUCAUCUGAACCAGCAAUGAUGGAGAUGUGCACAUCAAAUUCACUACAUUUUUGGCCUCAUUUUUUGUCUUUGGAUUUCCCCUGUUGUUACCUUACAUCAGUGGUCCAGAUCCGGCCUGGGCAUGGCAAACAUUUGGCCCGCCAUGAAGUUGGAACAAAUGAAAACAUACACAGUAUGUGUUCUAUCUGUGGCCAUACAGUGGAGCAAUUUGUUUGGCCCUCAGCCUAAUUUGUGCUACAUAAUUUGGUCCUUGGGGGAAAAUAAUUGGAGACCACUGCCUUCCAUUUUUAUUUUCCCAUUGAGCAAUGGUGUUACGUAACAACAAAAACAGAUGAGAUCAUUGUUGGAGAAAGUCAGGUUGCACAGUUGGAAAGAAAGUGUGACAGUAAGUCACACCUUUCAUCUGUGACAUUUUUGCAAGCUGCUGGAGCCCUCAUCCAGUAUUGUGGUACAUCCUCAUCCAUUCAGGGUGCCAUUUAGAAAUGCCAUCUCUGCCCCUUGUGUCGCCUCCACUGAGAUAAUGCAGUCCCCUUUCACACACAGCCACACUGCAUUGUUAGGACUCCCUAUGAGCUCAUCGCGGUGGCCCUGGGCUGGCGUAAGUUUCACUUCAAGCUGUACACUAAUCUGAGCAGAAAUCAAACUGCACUAUUGUUACUGCAUUAUUGUGCAACACAGAUGUUCUACAUGACGCCAAAGACCAGAACGCUGAUCAAAAGAGAUCAGGGGUCUUGUCGGACAAGUAUUUAGAUCUAGACCAAAGGCAGGGUCAAUGCUGAAUUACAAUAUUUAAUUCCCCCCAAUCUCAAUUUCAGUCAUUUCCAGUAAUGGAGGUGCUGUAGUUUUCAAAGUUCUUUGUUACCUAAAGUGAAAUAUCCUUUGUUAAGGUCAUACAAUUAUAAUGUUUUUAAUCACACAGAUGGUUGACAGUAGAGUGUGGGGUUGCACAGGGAUGCACUCUCCUCAGUUGCCAUACUACAUGUAGUGCUGAUUUAGAUACAUAGAUGUUUAGGGCUGCAGGUCUUUCACAAAGUGCAUGCACAUGAGUGUCAAGAAAAACAAAACGUUAGAAGAGAGUUCAGUAGCAGUUCAUCCGUGUUGCCGUGCCUUGAUGUUUGAAGCACAUACUGUUUAUACUGUACACUCAAACAAUGGCGUGACUCUGUUGUGCUGUGGUUAUUAUGUAUGUUUUGCACUGCGUAGCAAUACAAAAGCUGUGGACCAUGAGUCCCUCAACGGUAGGAACUCAGGGUUGUGCAAAAUUCAGAAUUUCUGAAUUAAAUUUGAAUUUUAAUUGACACCCCCAAGGGAUAUUGAAUCGAAUUUUAAUUUAAACUUGGGGGUCAUUCUCAAUUCAAUUCAGAAUUUUGUACAACUCUGGUAGAUACACAUGCAGGGGACAGGGAAACAGCUUUUCAAGAGAGUAUAUAUAUUUUAAGAGCUUAGCUGCCUUUUUAUUGGUAGAAUGACCACACGACGACAGUAUACGUAGAAGAUUUCACAAUAAUGAUAAUGUUUGCCUCAAGAUUUUGAUGACAGAACAAAAGGGAGAGAGUAUUUAUGGAUUUGUAGAAUUUUUAGAGCAGUAUUUGUACUUUGUAAGGUUAAAUACUGUACAUGUCAGUAUUUGUACUUUGUAAGGUUAAAUACUGUACAUGUUUGUUCUUACAGCAUGUGUCCAAAAGUUUGAUAAAUGUUUGUACAGAUUGUGUUCCAAAGGUUCUGUAUGUUUAGGUACGAUGGAUGUUAAAAAACAGAAACAAGGCAAAAACCUUGAAGUUUUAAACAUUACCUUAAAGUAUAAUUACUGUACAUUAAGAUGGCAUUCAGUCCGUUCUUUUGAGUCCAGUGUUGCAUCCUUGUUUUGAAAUAAUUUGAAUCUGGGCGGAAACCUACAAUGUGUUAUUGACAGUAUUUCAAUAAUUGACAGUAUGCCGAUAACAAUGAAGUUAAACCUUCUAACCAGAGUAUUUAUGAAGAGGCUGAUGGGCAUUAGUCUUACCUGGUCUGAUACAAACUUUGUUCGUGCAGAUUGGGGAAACGUAUGUCCAUUUACGAUAAGAUCUUUAUUUUAAAUUCAGUCUCAUAUUCAGAUAUUUGAUUGGAGUCUAAUUAGACAUUGGCCUAGCAUUUGUACCAAUCCAUUCCCUUCUCACAUGUUGGAAAAUUAACUUUUGCCCCAAUGUUCUGACAUCCUUGAUCCUGUGAGAUAGUGUGUGCCAUGUGAAUCAUUUUGUCAGUUUCAUGUAUUUGUUUUCUUUUCUCUCUGUCAUUGAGUUUUCCCUCAAAUCUCAGCUGCUGCUGUCCUGUACUUCCACACAGUGAGGCUGCGACCACUGAGCUUUGCAGCUGGCAUGGUAAUGGCCUGCUAAUGGCCAACAGGGCCCUGACUCAUACAGACCCUGGCACUAGACCAGGGCCAAACAGGUCAGGUAUAAUUGGACUGGGAGUCAUGAUACUGUGAGUCACAGUCCUUCAGGUGGUUCAUUUUUUACAUGACCUCUACCUGUUUCCCUGAGAUCUGUUACAGUGGUCUAGCAUCAAGCCCACAUCACUAGUUCUCAGCAUCACUGUCGUGGUUGUGUUCAGAGAGUUCUCCUAUCUCUACAAUAUGAGGGGCAGCAAUGUGGACUUUGGGUUCUGCACGUGGAGCUUUCAGACUCCAGACUUAAGCCUUCAGAGCUCGCUGUUUGAGCCCAUAUGUACCAGUAGACACCUUAUAUUGCCACAUGUGUGCCUUUCCAAAUAAUGUCCAGUCGAUAAAAUUAAAUGCUGGAUGUUAAGUUUAAAUGUUAAGUUUAAGUUGAAAAACAAUAUCUCCAUGGUACAAAUACAAAAACGUUAGUCCUUACAGCAAUAUCACUAUUCAGCUCAGUGUGAUAUUUGAGGGGAACAAAUUCAGCUACCACACAAGGAUGCACCACAAACAGAGAAUGAAGAGGACUUGAAUACUUUCUGAAUGUGCUGUAUAAAUGUAAAUGAAUGUGUAACAUACUAUUUUAUGAAGUGAGAUGACAAAAUCUCACUUUUACUGUUGUUAAAUGUUUACUAAAUAUUUUCUAAGAGGGAAUAUGUGAGAAACUUAGAUUUGUGAUGUUUUUAAUAUUUAUAAAGUCUGAAAAAAGUUAUGUAUCCACCCAUGACAUUUAUGAAUGUCAUGAGUUUAAUUUAUCCUUUCCAAAUGAGAUGUUUAUCGUAAAAAAAUGCAUAUUGUAGCAGCUCCGUCCAAGAUACAGUAGUUUAUGAUCACAACCAAUAAUGUUUGUAUUAGAAGGCAAUAGAAUCUCAAGACUAUUUUUCAUAGUGCUAUUUCAGAUGUUACUAAAUAUAUAUAUAUAUAUUUGUUUAAUUGGUGAGCCUGCCAGAACUUCUUCCAAGAACAAAAAUUUUUUGGUGUUGUGUAGGCUAUGUAUGUUUUCGUUUGUGUGUGUGGAAUUCUCUGGUGGGGGAGGUGGGGUGUAUUUUGUUGCCUUCAAUAUCUAGUACACUGUCAUUGAUUCGAUCUGUAGAAGAAAAAAGGAGGUAAAAAUGUGGUGGAAAGUGUGAGACUGAUGCUCAAUGUGUUCUGUUUCUUGUGAUACUGUGGUGUGGAUGUCCUUUCACGCUGUCAGCAUGACCUUUCCUUUUCAAUAUAAGUUGCUGUGAAAACUAUCAGAGAAUAGCUAUAAUGAGUAUCCCAACACUGACCAUGACAGUUCCCCCCUUCCUUCUCUAUUCACUAGGGCUGUGUGAUUCCCUCAAGCUCUUAAGAAAUAACACUCUCUGGUUAAAUACUGUGCUUUUUUUCUAUAAAUAUCACCCAAAUCCCCCUUUUGCUGCAAUUGGAUAAUUAAAUGAGGAGUUGAACUCAUCGUGUGUGUCUUUGCCAAAUGAUGGACUAAGCUCUUUUAAAGCUUGCCUCUCCACAGCAGAACUGGACACAUCGGCUGUAGAAAGUAGAAGCUUUGCCACAUAUUCCUUUGUUCUUAACACCUUGCACUAAUUAACCUACAGUAUUUGGCUUAUGUUAUCGGCUGAUGGGUUGUGUUAAUUAAUGUGUUUCUUCUGUAUAUUGGCUGGAAGGAAUAUGUGACUUAAAUAUGUACGUUUUUAGUUUUCUUCAUCCGGUGUGUCCACACCUGUCAGUCUACUUUGCCGGAGCAAGGCAUGCGGGUUUAUAUGGUAUGUGCAUCUACUGAAAGACAGAAGCUGCUGUCUUUUCUGUUUGUUACGAAAGAGAUUUGAGCAGAUAGGCUCAGGUUGUAUGCAUGAUUGUUCCUGGUAGUACACUGUUAUAUGUUACUCUUACAGGGAAAACAAAGAUUUUAAAAGUGUUGAAAUUUUGGGGGGUGCCAGACUUAAAGUAACAGUGGAACACUAGCUUUUAGGCCACUCAAGAGGUGAACCUACAGAACGUUGUAUGUUAUUGAGUGCAAUAAAUAAACUGUGCAAUAUUUUUUGCGCUCUUUGUCGUGUUCAGAUACAAUUAAUUGAGUCUUAGGGUUUGUCUCUGUACUAGUAGCACAUUCAUUGAGCAUUGGAGACACUACUAAUAUCAAUGCCUCUUGACGGUGCUCUUUCACUUGAAUUAAUUAGCUGAAUUGAAUUAAUUAUUAAAAAAAAUUGA